AUGAAAGACACUCCACUGAAAAAAGUUCUUCAAAUAUGCAAUCAAACUGUAAAGUUUUCAUUAACACCAAAUAGAUUGGCAACAAUCGAGACACCACCACCAAAACUUGCUCCUCGUGCACCUGUAACUAGAGAUUGGGAUAUACAAAAAUCACAUUCUAAAACUCCCAAAGAUAAUAAUGAGUUUGAUGUCAUAAAUGGAAAACGUUCACAAAAAGAAGAAAGUUUAUAUGAUUUCUUGAAAAACACUAGCCCAGAAGAUGUUUUUGGCGAUCCACAUUCACGUAAAAUUAAAAACAAAGGGUCAAAAAAUGAUAUCUUAUCAAAAAGAUACGGUAAACCUUUGGAUAAAUUGGAUCCACUUUCUGAAAAACCUACAAGCCCUCCUUCGCUUGGUAGUAAUCCUCGUUAUAUUCCUUUAAUUCCUUCGGAAAAAUCAUCACCUGGUUCACCUUUUUCACCAUUGUCACCAAUAUCAACUGCUAAUUCAUUAAAUACAAAACAUUCAUCGUCAUCAUUACAUCGUAUUAAAUCUUUGGAACGGAUGAUUUCUAUUAAAAACGAUAAUGGGAAUAUCAAUAAAAACAGAAAUACUCAUGCUUUAAAUAAAUUCCAAAAUGACUCAAGUAAAAGAAGAAAACACCAGGCUCAAGAUUUAAUAGACUUUUUGAACACAACACCGCCAAGUGAAAAAACUACUUUUCCUGACUCUCUUAAAGAUCAUCCAGAUUCAAAUAAUACAAGUGGCAAAAAAACCAAGUUAAGAAGAUUGUUUUCAAAAUUGCGAAAUAAGCCAUCAUCUGGACAUCCAAAUUCGCAUCACAUUACAUCAAAUUCAAAUAAUCCGGCGUUUGUAAGCGCUUCAGCCAGUUCACUAACAUCUACUGCCGCUUUGGUCAAUAGACAAAGAGCUAAAUAUAUUAAAAUAGAAAUUCCACCUCUUCCUCUUAAAGAUACUAGCGGACAAACCAGCUUUGAUCAGCUUGGUGUUCAAAGUAAAUAUGUACCUAAAGCGAUAUCAACAAGUAGUUUACCAUACGAUCCAAAUAAUCCAAACAAUACAAACACUGGUGCUAAUUCUCUAGUUAAAGUUUCAACUGCAUUUGAUAGCAAUUAUCGAACCGAAAACUCUUCAAAUUCUGUUGUUUCUACUACUUUAUCUUCACCACCAUCUUCACUACCAACUUCACCAUCAACUUCACCAUCUUCUUCUCCAUCAUCUUCAUUACCAUCUUCAUUAUCAUCACCAUUAUCACCAUUUUCAUUACCAUCGCCAUCUUCAUUAUUAUCACCAUCUUCAUCAUCAAAACCAUUCCCUACACCAUUCAAUGCCAUUAACAACAACAAUGUCUUUGAUAUUUCUAAUAAUCAAAAUACAACAAAUUUGAAUCCUAACAAGUUGUCACUCCAAAGGAAAAGUAAAACAAAAACUUUACCACAACCACCAACGAAUGAUAAAGAAUCCUCCAAAAUUACUGAAACAAAAGAAACUGUCGUUAGAUCGAUUGUUGGAAUAGCAAUUGAACCAAUCGCCAAACCAACAAUUGAACCAAUCGCCAAACCAACAAUUGAACCAAUCGCCAAAUCAACGAUAGAACCAAUCGCCAAAUCAACGAUUAAACCAAUCGCCAAACCAACGAUUGAACCAAUCUCCAAACCAACGAUUGAACCAAUCGCCAAAUCAACGAUUGAACCAAUCGCCAAACCAACGAUUGAACCAAUCGCCAAACCAACGAUUGAACCAAUCUCCAAACCAACGAUUGAACCAAUCGCCAAACCAACGAUUGAACCAAUCGCCAAACCAACGAUUGAACCAAUCUCCAAACCAACGAUUGAAUCAAUCUCCAAACCAACGAUUGAACCAAUCUCUGAACCAACGAUUGAACCAGUCAUUAAACAAAAUGUUGAAAAUAACAAUAAUGACGAUGAAAACGUUAUUGGUGAGUUGAAUAAAGAGGUAACAGAAGAAAAGAUUGCACCGGUAGAAAUUAAAGUUCAAGAAAUUGAAGAGGAAAUUGAAGUUUCUGUUGUUAGUUUGACAGAAGAUGAGGAAAGAGAAGAAGGUAUUGUAGUUGAAUGGUUGUUGGGAACUUGUCUUACUUAUAAAAGUAUCAGAGACCCUAUAGAUUUAGUUCAAGAUGAAGGAAGCAAUGUUGAAAGUGAUAGCGAUGAUGAUGUAUUUGUUGACCCUCAAGAAAUCGACUAUAUUGAUGAUAAUGUUACUAAUGGAAAUAACUCUAUAAAAAUGGGAGCAUAA